AUGCACAAUUUCAAUGCCAUUGGAGUGCUAUUAAGUUAUCGCAGCACCAAUUACGACGGACCAGCUCUGAAACUGGGAACGGGGGUAGUGAUAUCUGCUGCGUAUGAGGCUGCCAGCCAACACGGAUUACGGGUCAUAGGUGACGACUGCCCAAAUGUUGAGGUCGCUGGAGCUUUUACCCAGGGCUGUGGGCAUAGUGUCUUAGCUCGCAGCGCCGAUCAAGUGGUGGAGGUGGGGGGGGUGGGGGGGGGGGGGGGGGGGGAAAGUCACAGCGGCAGGUAUGCAUCUAGUCGCGUCUCCCUCACAAUGUGCUGGUCUGUAUUUAGUCCUCAGUGGUGGAGGUCCACGCACUUAUGGUAUGGUCAUUUCGAUGACUAUCCGGGCUCCAUCCGGACGCCGGGGUGGUCGGCGGAACUAGUCUCAGCCUCUUAUCGACCGGAUUGGCCCCAUCCGUAUACGAACGAUUCGCAAAUGGCAUGA